AAAAAAAAAUAAUAAUUAAAAAUAAUACGUACAUAACAUUUAUACUGUAAUACAUAUCCUAAGAUGAACAGGAAUAGGAUUAUAGAAAAAGGGGAAAAAUGACAUGUUUGCCAUUAAUAAAAAGAAUAAAAUAAUAAUUUUAAUAAGGGCAGUUUUGUAAAAUUUGUUAUUUAUAUUCUCUAUAUAUUCCCACCCUCUCCUCACUUUUCUCUCUCCUCACUUUUAAUCCCAAACUCUCAUUCACAUAAUCGUGCAUAAUUUCUCUCUCCCCACUUUCCCUCUGCAAAUUUUUUCUCUCUCCUCACUUUCCCUCUGCAAAUUUUUUUUUUUUUUUUUUUUUUUUUUUUUUUUUUACUGGAAAAAUCUGGAGCAAUGUUUUUCCACAUUAUACUCGAGAGAAAUAUGCAGCUUCACCCCCGCCACUUUGGCGCGCGCCUUCGUGAUAAACUCGUGUCCAAGCUCAUGAAAGAUGUUGAGGGUACUUGCAGUGGGCGCCAUGGAUUUGUGGUGGCAAUCAUGGGAAUUGAGCAUGUUGGCAAGGGUUUAAUUAGGGAUGGAACUGGGUUUGUUACUUUCCCUGUUAAGUAUAAAUGUGUUGUUUUUCGCCCUUUUAAGGGUGAGAUUCUUGAAGCUGUUGUUACUAUGGUUAAUAAGAUGGGUUUCUUUGCUGAGGCUGGUCCUGUUCAGGUUUUUGUGUCUAAUCAUCUGAUACCGGAUGAUAUGGAGUUCCAAUCUGCUGAUACACCAAAUUAUACCACAUCAGAUGGAUCAGUUAAGAUUCAGAAAGACACUGAAGUACGGUUGAAGAUUAUUGGAACUCGAGUUGAUGCCACAGAAAUUUUCUGCAUUGGUACAAUCAAAGAUGAUUUUCUGGGCGUGAUUAGUGAUCCUGGCGCUACAUCAUAGAAGGAAAUUCAAGCUGUCUUUUAGCUUUUGAAUCUAGUUUUGGAAUAUAAACGCUCCAAGCUAACCAUAUUAAUACUCUUUGUAUGAACCAGGAAAUUCUGGUCCUGGAUUGUAGUGUCAUACGAACUGCAUUACUAAUUCGUCUAUUAAACUUUAAUCAAACAAGUUGUUGGAUAUUUAAACAUUUGUCUUUAACUAAUUGAGGUGAAAUGUCUCUAAAGCUUUAUAUGAUUAAAGGUAAUUAGGACAUUUCACUGCACGUUAAUUAUCUUGUUAAUGAGGCAAAAAUACUUUCUUUGACAAAUA